AUGAUAAACAGGGACUUGAAGAAGCACUGCCAGGAGAUGGAGGAGGCAUGCCAGAGGAAGUGGAAUUUCGAUUUCCAGAAUCACAAGCCGCUGGAAGGCAGGUACGAGUGGCAAGCCGUGGAGAAGGGGAGCUCGCCUGACUUCUACUUCAGACCCCCCAGGCUACUGAAAGCUGUCUGCAAGUCCGCCAGCCGCCAGAGCUUGGACGUAAACGGGAAUUGCCAAAACGUGGUUUUUGUUGGCUCUCAGGGAAUCUCAGAGGACACUCACUGUGUAGAUCAAAAGACUGAUGUUUCUGAAAAUCAGACGGACUUUGCAGAGCAGUGCACUGGGCAGAGGAAAAGACCUGCCACCGAUGAUUCCUCUCCUCAAAAUAAAAGAGCCAACACAACAGAAGAAGAGGUUUCAGAAGACUCCCCCAGUGCCAGUCAGUGGAGGCGGCGGGGGGGGAAAGGACCUGCAACUUUGGUAGGCAGUAAGUGA